CGUAUACCUUCGUCGUUGAACGUAUGCCUUCGUCGUUGAACAUAUACCUUCGUCGAUGAACAUAUACCUUCGUCGUGGAACGCGUGCCUUCGUCAUUGAACGUGUGCUUUCGUCGUUGCAGAUCGCGGAGUUGAACACGUUCUUCUUGAAGCACAUCCUGGAGGUUCCGACGGGGCAUCCGCUCAGCGUCGGCCGCAUACUGCUCAUUGCGGCGAUCUCCGCGCCCUCGCUGCGCCAGUACUACACCUACGUGACGGACCCACACUGCAGCCGCGUCGGCACACAGUGCUGGGUGUUCUGCGCCGUCACUCUCACGGAGGCUCUCAUCUGCGUGAAGCUUGGUGCUGACUUGUUCGCUCUCACCGAGGCAACGAGCAUCGUCGGCUGGCUACUGUUCAUGAUGGCACUGAGCGUGAUCUGCGUGUACCUGUGUGUUGAGUACGCCAGGUGGCAGAAUGAGAGGCUCAGGCAGGCCGACGAGCGCGCGGAAGCAGCCGCCCGGGAGAGCUCGCCGAAGAAAUCUCGCAGCUUAAACUUCGUGCAGGAGUACGUCGACUCAAAUCCCGUGGAGAACGGCGAGCAGGGAAGCCCCGGUAAGGUCAAACGAAGGUCGAAGGCUGCGAAGGGAAAGACUGGAACGUGAUGGGCUCCGAAUCGCAGGGAAGCACUGAGUUGCUUGCUGCAAUCGUUACGGGGUUGUGUAGAGACAAGUGCAGACAAGUAGAGACAAGUUGGUUCACUAGCAGGCUGUUUCGGGGACACGUGGAAGAUCGUGAGCUGAGCUGUUAGUUGGAAGCGCAUGUCAGCGACGAUCAGAUGUUCGUAGAAGGUACGCUGACCCUUCACUAGUUAGCUAGCAUCCAAGUCUACUGCGUAAUCCUACUGCCCAAUCACAAAGUCACUCACGGCUGCAGUAACAUGUUAGCAAGAAGAUGUUGAGACUCGAGAGGUAGGGUAGCCUUGAAUUAGAGUGGUAAAAAACUACUGUAGGCAUGGUCUGCAGUGUGGCUUAAUUCUCGGUGCUCAACUUGGUGAGAAAAUUAUUGCUGUAUGUUUUGGAGAUGUAGGUAAUGUCAAAGGUGAGGAGUGUCCAUUGAAAUGUGGGAGUUGAUGGACGG